AUGGAAGCACCGCAAAUAGAGAAAAAUAACUUCGAUAACGAGGAAGACGAGGAGGCGGACGAGGAAGAGGAAGAUGAAGAAGGUGCCUCCACCAAUGGUGACAAAGAUGAAGAUGAAAAGACACAGCUUGAAGGUGCCUAUGACCCAAGCAAAUACGAGUCACUGCAAGUGCCGGCAGAAAUCAAGAAUCUCUUUUCCUUUAUAACUUUUUACACUCCUCAAAUGAUUGAAAUAAGCUCUAAAUUGAAGCCAUUUAUUCCUGACUACAUACCGGCUGUGGGCGAUGUAGAUGCUUUCAUCAAGAUUCCGUAUCCAGAUAAAACGAUUGAGAAUCGACUCGGUUUGGCUGUGCUCGAUGAGCCGAGCAUUAAUCAAAGCGAUGCUGCUCUACUUCAACUUAAACUAAAAGCAGUCUCAAAAGAGAUUGAUUCAUCAAAGGACUCAUCACUUAGGGAAACGGUAGUUCAGUCCAGUGGCACUGCACAGGAGAUUGACACUUGGAUUGAGAAUAUCAAACACUUGCACGAGACAACGGCACGACCCGACUCGGUGACAAUGAUGUCCACUCACCACAAGCCAGACAUUGAAGAGUUGAUGCAGGAGUGGCACAAUGAACUGGAAAACGCGCUGACAGUGCACUCAAUUCCUAACCCUGAAUUGGACUGCUCUCUCGAUGAGUACAUCAACAUUUUAUGCGCUAUCCUAGACAUUCCAGUGCAAUCUAACAAAAUUGCAUCAUUGCAUCUCAUGUUUAGCCUUUACAAUGAGUUUAAAAGUUCACAG